CGACUAUUUUGGACGGUCGACUUCCGCCGUGGCCGGUUUACGCAACAGACGGAUAAUCAGUCUGCUCAUAUAAGCAUUUUUCGUGCAAGAUUUUCAGUGAGAAGAAAUGUUGCGCGUUGUAGUGACACGCGUGGCCUCAACAGCGCGCACCGCGAUUAUGCCGCAGAUCUUCGUCGUUGGCACGCAGUGCACCAGAGCUGCCCAUGGUGGUCCCAAGGAGACCGACGAGGAAUUCGAUCAACGAUACGUGAAUUUUUUCAACCGCAAUGAUAUCGAUCACUGGGAGAUCCGAAAAGCCAUGAACGAUCUAGCCGGUAUGGAUCUUGUGCCAGAACCAAAGAUCAUAUGCGCAGCAUUGAGAGCUUGCAGAAGAUUAAAUGACUUUGCCCUUGCCGUAAGGUUCAUAGAGUGUAUAAAAGAUAAAGGUGGCCCACAUGCCGCUCAAAUCUAUCCUUACAUUCUUCAAGAAAUCAGACCCACCUUGGAUGAGCUAGGUAUCAAUACGCCCGAGGAGUUAGGAUAUGAUAAGCCAGAAUUAGCUUAUCAAUCAGUGUAUGAAAUGUAAUAGACUAAAAAUAUACUGUAUAAAUCCUAGUAUUUAUAUAUUCAUAACUGCUGCCUCAGAUGCAAACAUUGAGAAUAAUUUGUCAGUUAAAUUGAAUUAGAUAUGUAUUUGCAUUGCUAGCAGCAUGUUGAAUAAACAACCACAAUUGUAAUUAAUAUCUGUUAAUAAAAAAUCAA